AUGUCGUUGUUGUGUGCUCUGUCUAACGAAGUCCCCGAGCAUCCUGUUAUUAGUCCUCGCUCGGGGCAUGUUUUUGAGCGUCGUCUUAUUGAAAAGUAUCUCGCAGAAAACGGAACCGAUCCAGUUGAUCAGCAGCCACUUGCUCCAGAAGAGCUCAUUGAAUUAAAAACAUCAUCCUUUGUUCGUCCGAAACCUCCGUCGGCUACAUCGAUACCGGCUAUUCUGAAGACUCUUCAGGAUGAAUGGGAUGCCGUAAUGCUUCAAUCGUUUACUUUGAGACAACAGUUACAAACCGCUCGGCAAGAGUUAUCACACGCACUUUAUCAGCACGAUGCCGCUUGUCGUGUCAUUGCUCGCUUGACUAAGGAGGUGACUGCCGCCCGCGAAGCUCUGGCAACUUUGAAACCCCAGGCCGGUAUAACGGAGGAAAUUGGUGUAGAUGACAGCGUUAUAGCGCUGCUACAAGAAAGAGCCAUCCAACUCACUGCCGAGCGCAAACGUCGGGGCAAAACGGUUCCCGAAGGACUCACAAAAUCCCGUACAAUCUCCGAAUUCCAACAACUCGCCAGUCAUGUUGGUCUUCACUCUGCGAGCAUGCCCGGGAUAUUAUCACUUGAUAUCAGCAAGGCUUCUCCUGAUCGAGUCGUCUCCGGUGGAAACGAUAAAAAUGCGGUGGUGUUCAACCUGGCAUCUGCUCAAGUAAGACCGCGCAUUUCGUACUUUGAUAAUUUGUAUUUCGACGUGCUUUGGACCCUGUGCGAACUUCACCAAUCGCUGCCAAAUCCACAAUGCAUGCAAAGUGAUACUAAGAUAGAUAGAGUUUGGGCCCUUUUGGGGAACGAAACAUCACGUCGUCGCCACAGGUGUUUUAGUUCGGCGUACACUGCUCGAGCCUUGGAAAUAGGCGCAGUUCUCUUUCCUUGCGCUACUGUCGUUGAUCGCAUAAUCGCCCAAGUACAAGAAGUAGCCAAUCACUAA